UAUUCACUUGACGUAGCAUCAUUGUAGCCAUGUAGGACUCCUGUAAGAGCACGCUGAUUGGUCAAUCAUAAACGACUCGGAUCCACAACUGUUUUACUCACAGCCGUCGAUAACUCUCAAUCAAACGGUCAAGAAGUUUCGCCUCUUUGCAUCUCAUCCCAGUUCCUCUCUCUUACUUAAACCCACAGCACCACUUUCAAUUUCCAUCACAUCUCAGCCACACUUCCAUUUUUCGUCUCCUCAAAUCAGUGCUUGUAAGCGAGGAAAAGGAAAAUCAAAAGAAAAAAAUGGAUACCAGCACGAAGGUGAAGAAGGGUGCCGGCGGGAGGAAGGGCGGUGGUCCGAAGAAGAAGCCGGUUUCCCGAUCCGUGAAAGCCGGUCUGCAGUUCCCGGUCGGUAGGAUCGGCCGGUACCUGAAGAAGGGCCGCUACGCCCAGAGGGUGGGAACCGGCGCUCCUGUUUACAUGGCCGCCGUGCUGGAGUACCUUGCUGCUGAGGUUUUGGAGUUGGCUGGUAAUGCUGCAAGAGACAACAAGAAGACCAGGAUCAUACCAAGGCAUGUUCUUCUUGCUGUGAGGAAUGAUGAGGAGCUUGGGAAGCUUCUUGCUGGUGUGACCAUUGCCCAUGGUGGAGUUAUACCAAACAUAAACCCGGUUCUUUUGCCCAAGAAGUCCGAGAAGGCAGCUGAGAAGGCACCUAAAUCUCCAUCCAAGGCCACCAAGUCCCCCAAGAAGGCUUGAGUUAAAGUUCUUUCAUGUUGAAUGAUGGUGAUUUAAUGACUGUUGUUUGGUUCACUUAGGGAGUUGUGUUUUGUGGGUAUUUUUAGGGGUUGUGUUGUUUAUAACUUGAGUAAUUUGUACUGCUAUCUCUUUUUUUUAGUUGUUAUCUCAUGAAUUGAAUCUCCUGGAAAGAUACUUUCUUUCAGUUUAUGUGUCAAUUGUCAUGCAUUUAUUUACUUUGUUUUGGUUAGUUCUUUACUUUGAUGUUUAUGUGUUUUCUUGAGUUUGAAUGAUAUAUCAUGGUGAAGAAAUGAAGAAUAUCUUUGAAAGUAUUGGAUGGUGGAAUGAGCUCAAUUGGUGUUUGGUGAGUGAUAGUAUUUGACUUUGGAGGAUUUAACUCUUUAUACAAUUUUUAAUGUUGGAUAGAUAUGUACAUACAUAUACAUUGGUGGGUUUUUAUAUAAUAAUGAAAAAUUUGGUGAUUACAUUACAGUUGC